CCUCCCAGUAUUAGCAACCUAGUGAGAGAGAGAGAGAGAGAGAGAGAGAGAGAGAGAGAGAGAGAGAGAAUAAUGCAAUGGAGGAUUUUCCUUCUGGCUCUACACCGCCUUCUCUCUCGACCCAGCUUCUCUGUCUAGAAACUGAAACUUGCUUGAACGAAGCAGACGAAGAAGAAACCUUCGUUUGCUCUGCUCCAGGCAUUGAGGAAGAUGAGUACGUGCAAAUGUUGCUUCGUAGAGAGAUCAAUGGCGGAGAAUCUGAACCUCCGCGGGUGUCGAUCGACGACUGGAUUAAGUGUGCUCGAUUAGAUGCCAUCUUAUGGAUUCUCAAAUUUUUGAAAAUCUUAAUCCAGACUAGAGAGUUGUUCGGGUUCCGAUUCCAAACGGCGUACUUGUCAGUGGCGUAUUUGGAUCGGUUCCUUUCAAGGCGAAUCAUCGAUAGCGAAAAAUGCUGGGCGAUUCGGUUACUCUCGUUGUCAUGUUUGUCAUUGGCGGCAAAGAUGGAGGAAUGCAGAGUCCCGGGACUAGCAGAGUUUCAGGUGGAGGAAUUCAACUUCGGUAGCAAAGUGAUUCAGAGAAUGGAGCUUCUGGUGUUGAACACGUUGGAGUGGAGGAUGAAUUCAGUCACUCCUUUUGCUUAUGUUCACUAUUUCACCAAAAAGCUAAGCAAAGCUCACACCCCACCAAAGAAUACAAUGUCCAAAGCUGUACAAGUAAUCUUAGCCAUGAUGAGAGACGUAAAUUUGAUGGAUCAUCGACCUUCAGUCAUUGCCGGGGCAGCCACAUUGGUGGCAUUGGAUCGAAAAUUAACAAAACAGACUUUGGAGCUUGAGAUCAAUUCCUUGUCUCCAAAUGUGUUUUCUGAAAUUGAGGAUUUGUUUUCUUGCUAUAAUCGAAUGCAAGAACUGGACAUGGGGGAAGCGACAACACCCGAGUCCCCGAUCCGACUGAGAGGCAUGGAUGCUUGUGAAAAUUCUUCUGUUAUUUCUGCACUUACCACUAAGAGAAAGAUGCUUACAUUCAGUGAUUCUGACCAAAAUUGCGGCAUUCCGGACGAGAAGCGACAGAGAUAGAGGAAAACCGUCCGAGUUUAUUGAUAUAAUGAUUGGUUUAAUAUUUUUUCAUUACUUCUAUGAUUCCAACAGAUGGUUUGGGUGGCUCUUUCUCAAAGCAGAGGAGAGCAAAGAGAGAAAUAAAAAGCAAAACAGCUUUGGGCUGCAAGAAAAUAUAUAUAACAGUUUUAAGUCCAAAUCUCAAAACUGUUUUUAAGAUAGGACUUUGAAAGCUGUUAUUAGUACAACCACCAUUCUUAGUUUUGGUUCAUUUGUUAAAAUUUGUUUCAUUGUUUUCAUUCAAUCUUUUCUUGCUUUUUUUCUCUCUUUUUUGGUUUCAUAAUAUGUCCUUGUGACACCCUAGCUUUUGAUGAUGGGUGUGCUUGGAAUGCUUUCAUGAGUCUUUCUGAAAGGAAUGGGGGAGCUGUCUUUGUGAUUUGAUGCAUCUGUGUUGCAUGGUCUGGCCAUCAAAAAAAGAUUGUAAAGUUUUGUGAGAAUAGUAUAUGUUUGUGAGUCUGGGACUUUGGGGUUGCCUUUAAAGUGGGCCCUGCUCUUUUUCCUGUGCAAGUGAGAAAAGCCAUUGUCUGGUAUUGAGGGGUCAUGAAAAAGUUGAAAACCAAGACAUUUUGUGGAAUCAAUAGGAAUCUCUGUAUUGGAUUGGAUUGGUUUUUAUGUGCUGAUUCAUACAGUAUGUUUUACUAGAUUUCAGUUUUGUAACAAAUUCAAUAUUCAAACAGGGGCAUAACUGCAUGAUAUUUGGAAAUUUCUUCGGAAGUGACAACAAUUGCUCUCACAGUGAACUUGAGGACACCUAACAAAGGAUUUCGGGAAUCGAAACACCGGAAAAAAAGAGUACAAAUACCAUUGCAAAGAACAUUAAUAUAUGGAUUACGUUCUUAGAUUAGCGUCGUCGGUCCUAUCAUUAUGUUUACAUGGGAUCGAACUUACACAAAUCUGAUAAAAAGAAUAAUGACAACUGUCUACAAUAGGAGUAUCAGAAUUCACCUUCCGUGGAAAAGGUUUCCAGUUGGUAGACUAAUUUUCAACGCCAAAAACUUUGCACUAAACUCCACUUGACAAGAGGGAAGAGGCAGACCUUCCUUUACAUCAUCUUUUUGACAGCAUUACAAGACAUGGGCAAGAUCAGGGGUGAGU